CGACAGUACACGAAACCCUGCAGUCAGCCUGCAGCCUGUAUUAUGUUGGUGUUGUGCUGCCCCGGCGGUCAGCGCACUCCUCCCUCCGUCGGCCGUACAGAUGCCAACAAUUUGAUGGCUUGCCAUGGCCAGACUGUUACGAAACUUCCGCUAUCGACGCCUGAAUGAUCCAGUAGACCAAGCCAACAUCAGCUAUGGCCUCAUCCUGGAGAGCAUCCUGGCACUGGACGAGGACUUCUAUCUGUUCCCAGAGAGCUAUGUGCCCUCUCUCCAGACAAUCUGCAUCAAAUCAGUGCUGCGGCAGAGUAGUGAGCUGUUCGCCCCCUACACCAGCUGCACCGGCGAGCAGCUGCUGCGGGAGCUGCCGCCGGGCCCGUUCGACCGCCUGCCGCCGCCACUAUGUGACCUCCUGUGUGACCUUCUGCUGUGGCUGCGCGACCCGCAGAGCUGCAGUGUACCACUCUACUGCGUGAUAUCGCCCUACACGCGCUGUCUGUGUCUGCGCGAGCCGCUGUCGGACGCCUGGGGCGUGCCCGUGGAGCGGCUGCUGGCUGCCCGCACGUGUCACCUGGUCGAGGUGACGUGGACCGGCGCGCCGGUGACGGCAGACCUGUUGACGCUGCUUGGCGACUCGCCGCGGCUCGCCGUGUUCGUCACGGACGAGGCGUUGGCGGGCGAGUACGUCGCGCGUCUGCUGGCCCGCUGCCCAGAGCUGCGCGUGCUCCAGCUGCGCGACCGGGGCUGCGUGAUGACGUCGCUGUGCCGGCGUGACGUCACGCACCCGGCGCUGCGAGACCUACGGCUCGUGGUGGACGACAUGGCGGACGUGGCGGCGGUGGCGCGCGUGUUCGCAGGUCUGGAGCGGCUGCUGGUGCGCCCGCAUUCAGGCAAGCCGUGGGCGAUGCUCGCCUGCACCCCGACGGAGCCGUGGUUCCAUAGCCUGGCCGUGCUGUCGCUGUCGGAGUGCACGGACGUCGGUCUGCUGGACACACCGCUGGCCGCGCUGGAGACGCUGACGCUAGACCGGUGCGGCUUCCAGCCGCGCCACCUGGGCCUGCACCCACGCCUGCGAAGCCUCAGAGUCGUGUGCUGCCGUCGGGCCGAGCGCUGGGACCGUGGCGAGGGCGGCGCGCCUCUCGCGCCGGCCGUCGACACGCUGAGCGUGCUGUCGGCGCUGGAGCUGGAGGGCUUCAGCGGCGUCUCGGUACCGCUUGACCUGCGGCUGCCGGCCAUGGUGCUGUGGCUGCGCCGCUGCCUGCCCAGUCUAGAGGGGCUCCUGCUGGUCAACAUGUACAUCGUGACCGAGGCAUGGACGCCGCUGUUCCGCGAGCUGCGCGCCGCCGGCGUGGCCGUGGACCUCGAGGGCGGCUGCACGAUCCCGCCCUGGCGACGCAGCUGCAUCCGAGUGGCGUCGGCCGAGUGCUGA